CGCUCCAGUGUCCGCCAGGCGCGGCCGGAGGGGGCAGGGCGACCCGGAAGGGCUCGCUGCAGGGCCGCCUGUCUCCCCAGGACAGGAGAACUCGCUGUCCGGCUGGCAUCCUCCCCAGGCGACUGCGGCCAGCAUGGGCCGGAAGGUGACAGUGGCCACUUGCGCACUGAACCAGUGGGCCCUGGACUUCGAGGGCAAUUUGCAAAGGAUUUUAAAGAGUAUUGAAAUUGCCAAACACAAAGGAGCGAGAUACAGGCUUGGACCCGAACUGGAGAUAUGUGGCUACGGAUGUUGGGAUCAUUAUUACGAGUCGGACACUCUCUUGCAUUCGCUCCAAGUCCUGGCUGCCCUGUUGGAAUCUCCAGUCACUCAGGAUAUCAUCUGUGACGUGGGAAUGCCCGUGAUGCACCGGAACGUCCGCUACAAUUGCAGGGUGAUAUUUCUCAACAGGAGGAUCCUGCUCAUCAGACCCAAAAUGGCCUUGGCAAAUGAAGGCAACUACCGAGAGCUGCGCUGGUUCACCCCGUGGUCCAGGACUCGGCAAACAGAGGAAUAUUUUCUCCCCCGGAUGAUCCAGGACCUGACAAAGCAGGAAACCGUGCCUUUUGGGGAUGCAGUGCUGGCGACCUGGGACACCUGCAUCGGGAGCGAGAUCUGCGAGGAGCUCUGGACGCCCCACAGCCCGCACGUGGACAUGGGCCUGGACGGCGUGGAGAUCUUCACCAAUGCCUCGGGCAGCCACCACGUGCUGCGCAAAGCCCACGCCAGGGUGGAUCUGGUGACCAUGGCCACCACCAAGAACGGUGGGAUUUACCUGCUGGCCAAUCAGAAGGGCUGUGACGGGGACCGGCUGUACUACGAUGGCUGUGCCAUGAUCGCCAUGAACGGCAGCGUGUUUGCUCAGGGGUCCCAGUUCUCUCUGGACGACGUGGAAGUCCUCACCGCCACCUUGGAUUUGGAGGAUGUCAGAAGCUACAGGGCGGAGAUUUCGUCUCGAAACCUGGCGGCCAGCAGGGUGAGCCCCUACCCCCGAGUGAAGGUGGACUUCGCCCUCUCGUGCCGCGAGGACGUGCUAUUGCCGCUGUCUGAGCCCGUCGAGUGGAAAUACCACAGUCCUGCUGAGGAGAUCAGCCUUGGACCUGCCUGCUGGCUCUGGGAUUUUUUAAGACGUAGCCGACAGGCGGGGUUUUUCCUGCCCCUCAGUGGCGGGGUGGAUAGCGCAGCCACUGCCUGUCUUGUCUACUCCAUGUGCCGCCAGGUCUGCGAGGCUGUGAAGAACGGAAAUCAGGAAGUGCUGGCUGACGUCCGGGCCAUCGUGAACCAAACAAGCUACACCCCCCAGGACCCCCGAGAGCUCUGCGGACGCGUCCUAACCACCUGCUACAUGGCCAGCGAGAACUCCUCCCGGGAGACAUGCGACAGGGCCAAAGAGCUGGCCCAGCAGGUUGGGAGCCACCACAUUGGUCUCAACAUUGAUCCAGCCGUGAAGGCCGUCGUGGGCAUCUUCAGCCUGGUGACAGGGAAGCGCCCUCUGUUUGCCGUCCAUGGAGGAAGCAGCAGGGAAAACCUGGCACUGCAGAACGUACAGGCUCGAAUUAGGAUGGUCGUCGCCUAUCUUUUCGCUCAGCUGAGUCUCUGGUCCCGGGGAGCUCAAGGUGGCCUGCUGGUGCUCGGAUCCGCCAACGUGGAUGAGAGUCUCCUCGGCUACCUGACCAAGUACGACUGUUCCAGCGCGGACAUCAACCCCAUAGGCGGGAUCAGCAAGUCGGACCUGAGAACCUUCGUCCAGUUCUGUGUCGAGCGCUUCCAGCUUUCCGCCCUGCAGAGCAUCCUGGCAGCGCCGGCUACCGCAGAGCUGGAGCCCUUGGCCAACGGACAAGUGUCCCAGACUGACGAGGAGGACAUGGGGAUGACGUACGCAGAGCUCUCGGUCUACGGGAGACUCAGGAAGAUGGCCAAGACCGGGCCCUACAGCAUGUUCUGCAGACUCCUCAACACGUGGGGAGACACCUGGACCCCACGACAGGUGGCCGACAAAGUGAAGCGCUUCUUCUCCAAGUAUUCCUUGAACAGGCACAAGAUGACCACGCUCACCCCCGCGUAUCACGCGGAGAACUACAGCCCGGACGACAACAGGUUUGAUCUGCGGCCGUUUCUGUACAACACCGGCUGGCCUUGGCAGUUUCGGUGCAUAGACAAUCAGGUUCUCCAGCUGGAGAGGACGGAGCCGCAGGACCUGGACGGCGUGGACUGACAGCAGGUCCUGCGUGGAGGCCUCCUCUCCCGCGAGGAUCCACGUGUUACGUGGCACCGCUGGUGACCACGAGCAUGAGCCAUUUCCUGCCCAGACGGCGCGUCAACAAGUCUUAUUCUACAUUUCAAGGGAGAGCAAUCUCUUCAGUCUAGUUCCUUUAAAAAAGUCUGAAAUAAAGAGGGUGUGAUUUUUAACUCUC